AUGCCACCCGCCUCUUCACACAGCAGGCGUACGCCUUCAGCGCCUGCCCCCCCGACUGUGUCGGCCCCGGCCCCGCACCUCUCGUGCCUGUACUGGCCUGAGCACGCCGGCACAACGAUCCCUUCCGCGCUGAACGUCGUCUCUGUGGGACUCGCGAGUCCGCUCAUGGCGCUCGGACGCCUGUCCACAGGCGGCCACUGGGUCACGCCCGAGUAUUUGCUUGGGCGGCCCGCCGUCGCUGACGCGGAUGGCGCUGCUGGCGAGUCCGCGCUUGGGCCGCCCGCUGCUGCUGGCGAGUCUGCGCAAGCGCCAACUGUUGGGUGUCCUUGCUGCAUCGGCCCGCCCGACACCGCCUUCGAGGAUGCGUAUGAGGGCAUCUGUGCGCUUGGCCUGGACGGCAUCAACACAGAAACCGCCGCGAAGUUUGUCCGCCUCUGCGCCAAUGACCGAUCGACCAUGCGGCUCUCCAAAAACAAAGCCAAACUCGCAGCAAAAUUGAGGAAGCCUCCUCUUUCCAUCGAGGAGCUUGUGCAAAUGCAGCACGCAGUCUUCCGAGCAUAUCGGAUGAUCUGCACCACGUUAUCCCCGUUAUAG